AUGGGCGCGGCCUGCGCCACCCAGCAAAUGGCCAGGGCUGCGCCCUGGCUGGACGCGGCCCUCGGAUACAAGGCGCCGGAGGGCGCAUACCAGCUGGAUGGCUUUCAGACUGCCGGUCAUGGGAACCCGGGAGGCGUGCUGUUGGUGCGGGAUGCUCAAUUGCCCACAACCCAUGACUUGGCGCAUCAUCGCAGGGACCAGUCGGGUGGCUAUGAUGAUGAGGUGGCUGCUGCGGUGGUGGCGGUGGCUGCUGGCUAUCACGAUGCACCAGUCACCGCUGCGGCAGCGGCAGCAGCGACGACCGGCCUGGCGGCGCAGCACAGCAGCGCGGGCCCCGGAUGGGGCUUGUACGGGAGGGGAUACGGCGGGGACCAGUCGGAUGGCUGCUGCGGUGGCCAUGGGGGUUUCACGACCAGUGACAUGCAUGGCCUGGGACAGCUACGUGAUCGACUGCAGUGGAAUACGGAGAUGAAUACAGAGUGGAUGUAUCACGGUGACCCGCUCAUGACCGGCGGAGGCAUGGACUGCAGCUACCAGCUACACGGCGGGGUGACGAGCGGGGCGCUCUGGUUAAGUGGGCGUGGAGACAAAACCCUGGAGGGGGUGCACCACACACAGCAGGUCCCGGGUUACAGCAGUGGCUCUCAGGAUCGGGGCGUAGUGGUGACGGGAUCAGCAAUGAACCACCAACGUUUGUCGGGCUUGCAACACUGUCGCCAGUGUCGCUGUCGCCAGUGUCGGCAAUGUCUCCGAGUGGGGGUUGUGGGCACGGACGGGGGCGUAGGUGACAGCGGUCCACAGCGGAUUGGACAGGCGGGCUUUACUAAAAUCUUAAUUGGAUCCAUUGGGAGGGCGAUGAACAUGCCGAUUGAAGCGGAGGCAUGA